GAUUGCAGUGGUCUUGAAAAUACUAACACGCUGAUUGUAUGCGAUUAUAAUAUGCGAACCUCUCCGACUCUUGCAAACAAUUUAUAGUAGGUGUAUGUAUAUACGCUAUCGCACAAAUUAUAUAGGAUGCGCUCGUUUUUCGACGAGGUGUCAUUAAACUGCACUCGUCCGAAUCGCCCCCAAAACUCACAAUCCCGCCGGUCAAAAUUACUUAUAUACUUACGACUUGCCUUUAAUAUAAUAAUAUAUUCGUCGUCGUUGACUCGUUCAACAGGUCCGUUGCAUGCGCCAUAGCCCAUAGGUACACCAGCUAUAUAUUUACGAGUAAAUAACCACUACGAUGGUGCCAUAUCGUUGCCGUUGGGGCGGCGGGUUUAUUUCGACAUUGGUGGCGAUGGCGGCGGUCCUCGCGUGCGGUGCGGUCGCAGGGACGAUGGAAGUCGAGUACAGCUGGGUGUACGUGGACUAUACAUUUGCCAGUCCCAAUCACAGGGAAUCGGCCAUAAACUCCAAGAAGUUCAUUCCGGAAAACUGUGUCAUACUGGACGUGGACAUAUUUCAAGGUCCACCUGAAGCAAAAAUAUUCUUCAAUAUGGGUUCAAAUUCAAAUCCUGUAAUCAAACAACGAGUGUUCGUAACGGUUCCUCGUAUCAAGCCAGGAAAUCCUGCAUCGAUCGCGGAAAUAGUUCCUGGGGAUCGCCCUAGUUCCGUACUGUUAGCGCCAUACCCAAAUUGGAAGGCUAAUACGAUUUCGGAAGACACAAUCAAUUGUGACGAUACGAUUGUUUCAGUAUUUAGAACCAAAAUUGACCAUCUCGGUCGAUUUUGGGUUAUUGAUGUCGGCACACUAGACCAAUUUGAGAUGACAGCCCGCUCCGUGUGCCCCCCAAAACUUUUGAUAUUUGACUUGAAAAAUGGCGAUAGAGUUAUAAAAACUUAUAAAUUCCCAUCGUCACAGGUAAAAGACGUUUCGUUGUUUACUAACAUCGAAGUGGAAAUCGAAGAUUCAAAGGGUCGUAAUACAUUUGCUUACAUAACCGAUACUACUGCGUAUAAACUUAUCGUGUACGAUUUUAAAAAUGAUGAAAGUUGGGUGGUAGAUCAAGCAUAUUUCUACCCUUACCCCAAUAAAGCUCAUUUUAAAAUCAAAGGAGUUAACUUUGACUUAAUGGAUGGAAUAUUGGGAUUAGCAUUAGGUCCUAUAAUAAAAAACGACCGAAAACUGUAUUUCCACGCAUUCGCUAGCGUCAGGGAAUCGUGGGUGAAUACCAACACAUUAAAAAAUAGAUCGUUGUUUCAAAAUGGUUUAAUCGACGGUUCCGGUACAUUCUUUUUGUCUUCGGAAGUUCGAGAAACCCAAUCCAGUGUUGAAGUAAUGACUGACAAUGGAGUACUUAUAUUCGCAUCAAUGGACAGCAGUUUGGGUUGUUGGAACAGCCAGGACCCGUUUAACACUAAAAACAUCCACACAAUAUAUAAGAGUGACGAAGAUUUUCAAUUUCCCAGUGGCAUGAAAAUUGCGGGUGACAAAGUGUGGGCAGUGUCAAGCCAACUUCAAAAUCAUUUCACAACUAUGGUCACUAAUCGAAAAUCAGUCAAGUACAGGGUGCUGGUUGGUCGAGUUGACGAAUUGAUAAGACGCACAGGAUGCGAUAAGAGGACGACAGUUGAUUACGAUAAUGACGAAUUUCUAGUCGAAUCGUUCGACGAUAACAUAUUGCACGAAUGGCGCGCGGUACCAGACACCGAACCGUGGAGUUAUUCGAGAAUGUCUCGGGUGUUUGAAAACAAAAAUGGAGCACAGCAGACGCCUGUCAAGUCGUUGGUAUUGACCGGAAACGUAAACGUACACAGUCACAGUAAAUCGGCGUCUUUGUCCUACGAUUGCCGUAUGAGUAUGAUCAACGGUCAACUGAAAAAUCCCGACUGUUUGGGCAAUUCUCGUCGGAGGAACCGGAUGAGGCGCGGUCCGGGUCCUCUGAGGUGACAUCGUUUAUUAUAGUGACCUGUUGCCUGUGCACAUCACUGUGACAUACGAGUCGUGUGACGGCCCAUAUUCAUUUCCAGAAGAAAUUUAUAACCAACUUCUGCGAUAUGGUUUUUUUUUUUUUAUAUAUACAUAAUUUGAACCGUACACAACCUCAUAGGUCAUAAUUAUAAAUAAUAAAUGUUACGAUCUUCA